AUGGCCACCUCCGCCCUGUCUGUCUGCUCCAGUGACCUGAGCUACAGCAGCCGGGUGGACGACUGUCCAGAGAGCUGCUGCGAGCCCCCCUGCUGUGCUCCCAGCUGCUGCGCCCCGGCCCCCCGCCUGACCCUCCUCUGUGCCCCAGUGAGCUGCGAGUCCAGCCCCUGCUGCCAGCCAGCCUGCAACAGCUCCUGCCCAGCCUCGUGUGGCCAGCAGUCCAGCUGCCAGCCCUCCUGCUGCACCUUCUCCCGCUGCCAGAAGGCCUGCUGUGAACCUGUCUGCUGCAGGCCUGUCUGCUGCACACCUGUCUGCUGCACACCUGUCUGUUGCAGGCCCGUCUGCUGCAGGCCUGUCUGCUGCAGGCCCGUGUGCUGUGAGGCCUCCCCCUGCUCAGCCCCCUCGUCCUGCUGCAGACCCUCCUCCUCCGUGUCCCUCCUCUCCCGUCCUGUGUGCCGCCCCACCUGCUGCAUGCCCGCCUCCUCUUGCAAGCCCAGCUGCUGCCGCCCAGCCUCCUCCGUGUCCCUCCUCUGCCGCCCUGCGGGCCGCCCCGCCUGCUGUGUGCCCACCUCCUCCUGCCAGCCAAGCUGCUGCCGCCCGGCCUCCUCUGUGUCCCUGCUCUGCCGGCCUGCAUGCUCCCGCCUGGCCUGUGGCAUCCCCACCUCAGCCCUGGAGCCCUGCUGCUGA